GGCACCAUCUCGUUUUGGGCUCUAUUCUCUUCCCUAUGUGCAUGUGCGUACUUGGGUAGGAACUCCUUGGAGGAUGCGUUGGUGAAUCGACCAACGGCUGCCCAUUUUCCCAUUCGCGGAUUAUGCCUCUACUCGCUUCUGAUCGCUAUUCUUACUCAACAACUCGAACAUCCGGCCGGCACUGCAGAGGGUAUAAAGUUGAGGGAUGCAGGUUCUAGCCGUGACGCUCCAAAGCGUCGUCGCCCUCACCUCCGCACAAAACAGCAUCAUUACCUCCCAGGGAUUAGGACCAGCGACGUUCACAGCUCCUGGAGCGUUCCCGACGACUCUUUACUCCUCCUAUUAUAACGCGCCUACGGCCACCGACGCUGUCCCACAACCCGUCAUUUCUGAUCCCGUUUUACACAAGACCUACCCCUUGGCCUUAACCAACCCGGAUACGAUACCGCAGAAUAAUACGGAAGACCCUCGCGUCCUUCCUCCCAAGGCCUCCGACUCACUCCUGCUCCAACAUGCGAAGACUCAAAUCACGUCGAUUCAAAAUAACGCUCUGUUUGAUACGUGUACGAAAUGUCAGGCAAGCCUUGAAGUCGCUAAGUUCCUCGCGUUGGCCGCUCCGGAUCAAGGACCCGAGCUGGCCGUCUUCGUCUGCAAUGCAUUUUGGCUGUCGAGUACUUGUGAGGCGACAUAUGAAGGGACUCCGCUUGGAGCGAUGGUCACACAGGUUCUUGCUAGUGCGGAUGUCGGAGGUUUCGAUGGUCAGAUGAUCUGCGAGAAUUUCUUCAGCAGUGCAUGCCCAGUGGCACCCACGACACCUCUGAACCUUACUGGCUGGUUUGCGAAACCAAAACCUGAUCCUCUGCCCGCCCCGAAAGUACCCAGUGGAGAGCGUCUGAAGGUUCUUCAUCUGUCGGAUCUGCAUCUCGACCCAAGGUAUGCAAUUGGUGCCGAAGCGAACUGUUCAUCCGGCCUUUGCUGCCGUGAGAAUAAUCACAACAAAGCAAGCCCCAAUGCUAGUAUCUUGGCUGCUCCUCGCUAUGGAUCUUUCCUAUGUGAUUCGCCCCUGGGACUGGUUACCACUGCAUUCGAGUCCAUUCCUACUCUGACUGACACCGCCGAUACUGGAUUCAACUUCACCCUAUACACCGGAGACCUCGUCUCACACGACCCUGAUAGUCAGCUCUCAGAGGAUUAUGUCCGCUACACUGAGACCGUGCUGUACGAUCUUAUGAAGAGGAUGCUUCAGGCGGGCCCUGUCUAUGCCGCUCUCGGGAAUCACGACUCUUACAACCAGGACCAAGACGCGAUCCAAGCACUCGGAGGUGACCUCGCCACUCAAUUCAGUUGGAACUACGACCACGUCUCGUCCCUCUGGGAAUUCGAAGGCUGGAUCAAUCAGACGACUGUGGACUUGGCUAAGGCCCAUUAUGCUGCAUAUAUGGUUAAGCGCGUAGAUGGUCUGCGAAUCAUCACGCUCAACACGGACUUAUGGUACCGUGCGAACUGGUUUGCGUACAUCAACCAGAGCCACAUCGACCCCAGUGGCAUGAUGAGGUUCCUGACCGACGAACUGCAGGAGGCCGAGGACGCCGGUGACAGAGUCUGGAUCUUGGGACACGUCCUCAGCGGAUGGGAUGGAACGAACGCUUUGAAAAAUCCCACGGAUUUGUUCUACCAGAUUGUCGACCGGUUCUCUCCUCAUGUCAUUGCGAAUAUAUUCUUUGGGCACACGCAUGAGGACGAGCUCUCGAUCUUCUAUGCCAACAACGGGACCAACAUCAGCGCGGAUACCGCCCAAACUGUCUCAUGGAUGGGUCCCUCGCUCACGCCGCUCACGAACCUCAACGCCGGGUUCCGGAUGUACGAAGUCGAUUCGGCGACGUUCGACGUUCUCGACGCGCACACCUGGAGGUCGGACGUGAGCUCGUUCCCCGAGCUGGACUCGCAGAUAGCGAAUGGCCCUACGUGGGUGCAUGAGUACAGUACCCGGGAGGCGUACGGUGCUAAUAUUACCUGGGGCGCCAAUGACCCCUUGAACGCAACAUGGUGGCAUCUCGUUACUGAAGCGAUGGAGGCCGACUCGAGUCUCGUCGCGACCUUCAACACCUUCCAGGGUAAGGAGUCCAUCCUCACCGCGGAUUGUACGGGUGAUUGUGUCUCAGCGAGGAUAUGCUACAUACGGAGUGGAAGUUCGAGUCUAGCACAGCAGAACUGCCCGGCUGGGUUUGGGUCAGUGCAGUAAGCUGUACGGUAGGGGGAUUACAUUCAACCGACAUUUCGUCCUGAGAGACAAUAUGAUAACUACUGUACAUGCUUUCAUCGAGUUGUGCAAUCCCUGCGGCCCCCUGUGUCGUGAAAGGCUGACACUGGAAAUUCCAUGCCAUAAUAUUU